AUGGUUUACGUCCGGCAAAAGGAGCUCCCCGCGCUCCGCGAGUACAAGUACUCCAGCGUUGACCAUUCUCUACUCUCCAAAUAUGUGUUGAAGCCCUUCUAUACAAAUUUCGUCAUCAAGUGCUUUCCCAUGAGCAUGGCACCAAACCUGAUCACUUUGACGGGCUUUGGUUUCGUUGUCGCAAACUUCCUGACUCUGCUGUGGUAUACUCCCACUCUGGACCAGGAUUGCCCCUCUUGGGUGUAUUAUUCUUGGGCCGUUGGAUUGUUCCUGUAUCAGACAUUUGACGCUGUUGACGGAAGCCAAGCACGACGAACCCGACAGUCCGGACCUCUCGGCGAGCUUUUUGACCAUGGAGUGGAUGCGUGUAACACCUCGCUUGAAGUUCUUCUCUUCGCCGCUUCCCAGAACAUGGGACAGAGCUGGCAGACUGUGGCUGUUCUCUUCGCAUCUCUUUUGACCUUCUACGUCCAAACCUGGGAGACUUAUCACACCAAGACUCUCACCCUUGGUAUUGUCAAUGGACCUGUUGAGGGUAUUCUCACUAUUGUUAUGGUCUUUGCCUUCACUGGUUAUGUUGGGGGUGGUCACUUCUGGCAGCAGAGCAUGUUCCAGACCAUUGGCGUUCCUUCUACCGUGGGCAUCCCAUCCUUCAUUUACAACCUAACCUUUACCGAGUGGUAUCUUGUCCAAGGUAGCAUCGUUCUGGUCUUCAACACCGUCGAGUCUUCUCUCAACGUCAUCCGCGCUCGCCGUGCCCGUGGCGACCGUUCUCGUGGUGCGCUUCUUGGCCUUGCGCCUUUCUUCAGCAUCUGGGCCAUGGUCGUUACCUACCUUUACCUCCAGCCCAGAAUCCGCGAGUGCCAUCUUAUUCCAUUUGCCCUGUUUGCUGGCCUUGUCAAUGCCUACAGCGUCGGACAGAUGAUUACAGCCCACCUCGUUCACCUGCGUUUCCCCUACUGGAACGUUCUUGGCCUGCCUCUGGCUUUCGGCGUUAUCGAUUCUCUAGGCCCUGUCUUCCAGCGAUAUUUCGGUGUCGGUUGGCCCAGCGCUCUUGGUGACAGUGUUUACCAAGUCGCCUUCAUGUUCAUGAUGCUUGGAACUGCCGUUGGUGUUUACGGAAGCUUUGUUGUUGACGUCAUCGUCACCAUCUGUGAUUACCUUGACAUCUGGUGCCUUACCAUUAAGCACCCUUAUGUUGAGAGUGAAGCCCUUCAGGUUAACGGCACGAAGAAGGACUAA